ACUAGUUUAAAUGUGUAGCUCAUUUUUAUUUCUACCCUCCUUGAAAAGGAAAAUUAAUUUGUUUCUUAUUUGAAUUGUAAUAAAAUCAGUGUAAAAUAUAUUUUUAUUGUUUUAAAAAUUGACUACAAUAAAUCUUUAACUGAUUCGUAAAAAAAUAAAAACAAAAUGUUUGGUCUUCCUUCUUUACACCGGCUUUCGGUGCAUGUCUGGCUCUGGAGUUAGAGUGUGCGCAUUGGAUUUUAUAAUUUCUUCGCCCUUCGAUAUUCGUUGUCAAUGGAAAACCAAAAGAAAUGAAAAAACAUUCAACUUUUUUAUCAGUUUUCGUUCGUCGUCGUCAUUUAUAUAUGCAGGAAAAAAACAUCUUAUUUUUUGAAGAAACAGUGACAAAUUUAGUUCCCCUAAAAUCGUGGUAAUUUGUAAAUUUAAAAUUGGAAAAAAUUAAAUAUUCCAAUUUGAAAAUGAGCAAAACCGACGAUGAAAAGAAACCCCAUGCGGAGGAUGCAGAGUCUACGCCCUCCUCAGGAUCCGGAGGAAGUAGUGGUGCUUCGCCAAGCAAUAAAGUUAAAGUACUCAUCAUUGGUGCUGGUAUGGCUGGACUUUCAGCAGCUAAUCAUCUGCUGCAAAAUGGUAUUGAUAGCUUUAAAAUAUUGGAAGCUCGUGGCCGUAUAGGUGGACGGAUUGUUUCAAUACCUCUGGCGCAGCAAAAUGUUGAACUCGGUGCAAACUGGAUUCAUGGUGUACUCGGCAAUCCCAUAUUCGAAUUAGCAGUACAACAAGGCCUUGUUAAUAUUGUGAACAUACCUAAACCGCACAAAGUAGUGGCUACCACUGAAGACGGUGCUCAAGUUCCUUUUGGUAUAUUGCAAGAAAUCUACGAAGCGUACGUUUGUUUUUUGCGCCGCUGCGAUGAAUAUUUCCUCUGCCAGUUCAGCCCACCGCCCGACAUUAAUAGUGUCGGUGAGCAUAUUAACUAUGAAAUAGAAAUCUACCUUAGUUCUGUCGAAGAUCCCAAAGAAAAGCGACUGAAAAAGUUAAUCUUUAAUUGUCUAUUAAAACGUGAAACCUGCAUUACUGGCUGCCAUAGCAUGGAUGAGGUUGACCUCUUAGAGUUAGGUAGUUAUACAGAAUUACAAGGUGGUAAUAUUGUGCCUCCUUCUGGAUACAGUUCAAUACUGAAACCACUAAUACAAUCACUUCCAACGGACUCAAUAGUGACACGAUGUCCGGUGAAGAAAAUCUUUUGGAAACGAAAGAAAACCAGUAGUGGCUUAGAAACAGUGGAUGAAGAAAAUGAUGAUACUGAUGAUUCGGAUAAAACAGUAACGGAUUAUCCACCUCCCGGAACUAGCUCGAGUAGGGAAGGCUCAUUUGAUGCCGAUCCAAUUGAGACGCCUGUUCGAGUUAUAUGUGAUGAUGGAAGGGUAUUUUUUGCCGAUCAUGUGAUAUGUACGGUUCCAUUGGGCGUACUAAAAGAAACAAUGAAAACAUUAUUCGAUCCUGAAUUACCACAUUACAAACAGGAAGCAAUCGAAAAUCUCAUGUAUGGUACAGUAGAUAAAAUAUACUUGGAAUAUGAAAGACCAUUUCUAAGUCCACAAAUUAGUGAAAUUAUGCUAUUGUGGGAUGAUGAUAAAUACGAAAGUGAUUUAACCACAGAAGAUCGUUUGUCUGAUGAGUAUUUGAGUAAACAUUGGUACAAGAAAAUAUAUUCAUUUGCCAAAGUCACAGACACACUUCUAUUAGGGUGGUUGUCCGGCAAGGAAGCGGAAUAUAUGGAAACUCUUUCAAAUGAAAUAGUUGCCGAGAAAUGCACAGAAAUUCUUAAAAUAUUCCUAAAGGACCCACUUGUACCAAAGCCAAGGACAUGUGUAUGUACGAGUUGGAAAUCACAACCAUAUACUCGAGGAUCAUAUACAUCGAUACCCCUUGGAGCAUCUCAAGAGGAUAUUGAAAAUCUUGCACAACCCCUCUACGCAAGUCCCCAUCAAAUGAAACCUGCAGUGCUAUUUGCUGGUGAACAUACACAUUCAAAUUUUUAUUCAACUGUACAUGGUGCCUAUUUAAGUGGACGAACUGCCGCACAAUAUAUCCUCCUUAAUGAUGAACCCGAAGAAAUUAUUAUGGAAUCCGAUACGAGUGACCUAAGUUCAUGGAUUCGAGGAAUUGCAUUGGACUAGUUAUUGAAUUCAACAAAUAAGAAUUCGACAGCAAAACAAAAAAACUAAAAACAACCAAACGUAAGCUGAAAUCACAGUUACUAUGAAAUUCAUAUUAUAUUCUCACGUCUAAACCAAAUUAAAAACAAAAACAAAAUACCCACCCGCUUAUGCUGGCAUCCACAUUAACAAAUAUUCCUGGUUUCCCCCCUCCCCCCUAAUCCCUACAUCAUAUUUUUACUCCUGCCACAAUCAUAAAAAAGACGCUUUAGAUAUUAUUAAAUAAACAAAUUAUUAAGUAUAUUUAA